AUGAAGACUGUGGUGCUGCUGCUGCUGGCCCUUCAGUGCCUGGACAGAGUCUGGACCUUGAAAUGUCAUGAGUGCUUUACCCUGGAUGACACAUGCUCAAAACCGGCAAAUUGUUCCGCCAAUAUGAAAGCCUGCAUUCUAGUGAGAGCAAGUAUCAAAGAACAAUUCAACCAGACCAGCGUGGUGACAAAGAUGUGUGUGCCAUCCUGUGAGUAUCCCCUCCCCACCCAGAAGAAAGAAGGCAUCCAGGAGUUGGAGGCAUAUGUUCACUGCUGCACCACUGACCUGUGCAACGCGGCACCUGGCCGGGGUCUGGGGGCUGCCACUGUGGGGAUGAUGCUCCUGGUUCCAGUGCUGGUCACACUCCUGGGAGAUUUUCUGUGAUUGUCAAGCCACACAGGUGUGAAGGAGGCUCACUAUAACUGUCCUGAAUAAUGCACUGGGGCCCCAAACC